AUGGGGGACCACCACCCCGUCUCCGCCAAGUUUGUGUAUGGUUGCAUCUUGGCGUGGAUCGCCAACAGCGCCCUAUGCGUGUUGCUGAAUAAGCACCUGCUCUUCUACCUGCACUUCGGCUUCCCGACAACGCUGGCGACGCUGCACAUGGUGGCAGCGUUCACGGGCACGGCGCUGCUGAUCCACUGCACGCCCGACGGUCGGCAGCACGCGCCACCGCCGUUCAGCAAGGUGAAGCCCAAAUUCUACAUACAGCUGGGCGGCAUCGCAGCGCUCUUCGGCUUCGUGCUGGUGCUCGCCAACUCGGCAUUCCUGUACCUAUCCGUGCCCAGCAUCCAGAUGCUCAAGGCCUGCGGCGCCGCGACCACCUUUAUGGUCGGCCUCCUGUUUGGCACCGAGACCUACAACAACCGGUCGAUGCUGAAGGUCCUGAUCGUCGCCGCAGGCGUGAUGAUCGCGUCCUAUGGGGAGGUCCGCGCCAACUUCUUGGGCGUCUCCCUCCAGCUGGGCUCCAUCGUGUCCGACGCCGUGCGCUGCACGCUGCUGCAGCUCGUGAUGCAGAAGAACGAGGUCAAGCUGUCGCCCGUGGGCACGCUGUACUGCGUCGCGCCCAUGGCCGCGGCCAGCCUGCUGAUCCCGGCGCUGCUUAUGGAGUCGUCCAAGCUGCGCAACCACACGCACCCGAUCCCCUGGGCGUGGCUGGGCGGCAGCUGCAUGGCGGCCGCGAGCCUCAACUUGGUGGUGUUCACGCUGAUCGGCAAGACGAGCGCGCUGACGACGAGCAUCACGGGGCCGCUCAAGGAGUGGGUCUGCAUCCUCACGGCCAUGUUGAUAUACCACACGCCGGUCACUGGCCAGCAGUGGUGCGGCUACGCCAUUGCGUUGGUCGGCAUCUUUUGGUACCAAAGGGAGAAGUUUGCGCAGGCCGCAGGUGGCGGCAGCAGCGGCGGGGGCGCUGCGGCGGAGGAGAAGCUGCCGCUCAUUCGAGCUGACAGCAAGAAGGAGGCGGUUUGA